UUUAGUGAUGCCAAUUUAUAUUUGACAUUACUCCUUUAGGGUAUGUUCAGAGCAAUAUUUCCUUUUCUCACAUGUUGAACAUAAUCGCGAAAUGACAGAUUUCUAAACUAACAAAUGAAGCGGUGGAUAUAAGUUUACUAUUGCUCCGUUUAAUAAAAAUAUAAGUUGUUAGAAAAAUGCCUAACUCAAUAAAACCAAAUAUAUUAGUAACUGGUACCCCUGGCGCCGGUAAGUCUUACAUAUGUGCACAUCUUGCGGAUGAAUUGCAGCUUAAUUGGUUGGAUUGUUCAAAAAUUGCUAAAGAAAAAAAUUUCGUUGAAGAAUAUGAUAAGGAAUAUGAUUGUCCCAUACUAGAUGAAGAUAAGCUGCUAGAUUAUAUGGAACCCAUUAUACAGCAAGGUGGCAAUAUAGUUGAAUAUCAUGGCUGCGACUUUUUUCCACAACGGUGGUUUGAUGCAGUAUUUGUUGUUGUUUGCGGCAAUUCUGUGCUAUAUGACCGCUUGAAAGAACGUGGUUAUAAUGAAAAGAAAUUGAAAUCCAAUAUUGAAUGUGAAAUAUUUGGUACGAUUUUGGAAGAGGCCCGUGAAUCAUAUGAUGUCGAAAUAGUGUUUCAAUUAUUAAGCGAUACUGUGGAAAGUGGUAAAGAUAGCGUUGAAGUUGUGAAGAAAUGGUUUGAAGGAAAUAAAAGUAAAAAAACAUAAACUGACAGUUUUUAUUUCUCCAGUUUGUUAUAUGCAACAAUACAUCACACAAAAAUAUUAUAUUGCGAUUAACACUGUAUAAGUUGAUAAUAAUUUUAUCUACCUAAUAUAAACAAAAUAUUGCAGUCAUUAAUGAGGUACAUUUUAUAUGACAUUUUUUAACUAAUGCACUCGUUGAGUGCUAAUAUAAUUUAAUAAAGUAUUAAAUUGCUAUUUGUUUAUAAAUGUAGCUAAUGCUUGCUAGUUGCACAGUUAAACACUAGGUAUUUCAUAGAUACGUAUUAUAUUUGUUAC